AUCAGGCCGAGGCUCGCCCGAGCGCCGUCCAGAGCCCGGCGCCCUCUCUUCCAUCGAGCAAGGUCUCUCUUCCUCGCCGUCUGCUUGGUAGCAGUCUCCGCUGUGGAAGUUGCUCAGAAAUUGUACUCAAAGCCACAGAUUGUAGGUUUGACUUGUACUGGAGCAAUCCGAGCUCGCCUCGCGGAACCUGCCGCCGCUUGACGGCAACAGCGUUCUCAGGGGAGAAGCAUGAGCAGAAAAGAUCCGCAAACCAGCAAGAAGAAACGUAUGGCUGAAAAACUCCCUCAACCGUCUGAAUCAACGAGCUUGCGACAAAAUUCCCGGGCAGAGCUGUCCAGUACCGGACAAACGGCGUACGAAUCAAAAGCGGCCGGGGGCUAUCACCGGCCGGUCAGGUCUCCGGAGAUGCAAAUAACCUGGCGUUUUCACGGUCGCUGCCAUGCUUUUGGAGUGGAACGACCGGCAAGGAGUCGUCCAGGCGUCCUGAAUACUUGUCGCCGCUGAUCCGAGAGUACAUUGCCGCGGGGCCUCCGCUUACUUGGAACAGUCGCGGGCUAAGAUGAGGGAGGCGUUCGGCAUCGCGUUCGUGGCCGCCAUGGCGUCCCUGCUCCUCGUCCUGCUCGGCCUCAUCCUGUUCCGGCACUGGUGGCGGCGCCGCUGCGCCGUCCCCGCGUCCACCCGCGGCGGCUUCGUCCUGUUCGACGUCUGCCUCCCCGACGACAGGCGUCAGCCGCGCGCCGCGAGGCCGCCGUCCAUGGAGCGGGGCCGGUGGCGGGCGCCGCGGGAGCGCGGGGACAUCGAGGCCGCCGCGGCGGCGGACGAGGCGGAGCCCGACGAGAGCGAGAUCGCACGGUGGAAGAAGAUCUUCGGGGCCCCCGCGAGGAGCCUGUCCACGAUCGACGAGGGGACGGAGAAGGGCGGCACGACGGCGGCCACGACGCCUGCGUUCUGCACGCCGCCGGCGUCGCCCGACUGCCGGGAGGCCCGCGCCCGUCCUCUCGACAUGGCUUCCGUCGCGGCGCAACUUAAGGCUUAACACCAUGGAAAACGAACGCGGCAUAUCCAUGGCCGAGCAAAUUUACCAUCGGUUCAAUCGUGCUUGACUUCCGGGUCUGUAGGUGCAUGUAUUGACCACAAGUCAAGAAUUCUGUGCGCCAGCCAUCCAAACUUGACUGACGACGGAAAAGGCCGCAGGAAAGUAGAACCAGUACAGCGUUUCACAUACACAAUUCAGUUCAGAAUUUCACAAGCACAAGUCUUGGUAGUUAUUGUUGGCUGUUGCUGAACUAAUCGAAUGAUGCUUCCGGAGAAGUACCAAA